AUGAAUGAACAAAAUAUUGAAACAUUUUUAUCAUCGGAUGAAUUAAGGUUAAAAAUAAUGAAUGAAGGUAGAACAGAUCGUGUAGAAGUUAAUCAACGAAUGUUAAUUGAUAAAAUGUUAGCACGUUAUUCAUCUGAAUUUGUUGUUUAUCGAGAAUUAAUUCAAAAUUCAGAUGAUGCUCAAUCAACAUCAUUUACUCUUGAAAUAACUUGUGAUCCAUCGACUGCAAAAAUAAAUUAUGAAUCGAUUAAUAAAGAUCAUUUAUCCAUUAAUCAAAGAAAAAAGUCGAAAAUUUUAGCCAAUAUUGGACAACGAUUAAAAAAUCAUCAGAAAACAAAUACAAUAAAUUCAAAUAAAGAUUUAAAUAAUAAUUUAUUCAAUAAUCAAUAUUCAUUUGAAAAUAAUUUUAAUAAUUGUAUAAUAACUGAAAUUCGUACAAUAAACAAUGGAAAUAUAUUUAGUGAAGAUGAUUGGAAACGAAUUAUAACUAUUGCUGAAGGAAAUACAAAUGUUGAUGCUAUUGGACAAUUUGGUGUUGGAUUUUUUUCAGUUUUUUCUUAUUCCGAACAACCUAUGAUUGUAUCUGGUAAAAAUUGUUUAGUAUUUUCAUGGCAAAAUGGAAAAACAUUAGUAACAUUUCGUAAGGAAUUAUCCGAUGAUCAACAACAAGCUUCAACUUCAAUUAUUCUUAAAAUGAAAAAUAAAUAUAUUUUAAAAACAAAAUCAAUUUUAGAAAUCAAUGAAACUUAUAAUAGUCUUCAGACAUCAACAAAAUCAAAUAAAAAUAUACUUACAAAUGAAACCGUAUCUACAAUGGAUUUAAUACAACUGAAAGUUUUUUUUACAAAAAUUCUUUCCUUUACUAAAUAUAUCAAUGAAUUAAUUAUUAAAAUAAAUGGUUUAAUAGUUUUUCAAGUUAAUAAAACAAAACAAAAUUUAUCAACAAAAUUAUCAAUAGCAGCAAAUAAGUUUAUACUAAAUAAAACAUAUAAUUUUCUUCGAUUUAAUUCAUUGAUACAAACGGAACAAAAAUUUUCUAUUCAUAAUGGUCCAUCAAUAACAUUUAAUCAUAUUGAUAUUCAAGCUGAAUUAAUCAUUGAUAAAAAUUUUCAUAAACAAAUUCAAAAUGUUCUUAAAAAGAGUUUACCUUCAAUUUUACAUAUUCAAUUUUUAUUUCCAUCAACUAAAAUAUUUGAUGAACAACAAUCGAAAUUAUUAAUAAAUAAUAAUUUAAAUAAUCAAAUAUUAAAAGAAUUAAUUCCAUUAAAAUUUCAUAAUCAAGAAAUUUUUCCAUCUGGUCAAAUAUUUAUUGGUUCAGCAACACAUCAAACAACAGGUAUUGGUAUGCAUUUAUUUACUCAUUUUAUUCCAACAAUUGAACGUGAAAAUAUUGAUCUACAAGAUCCAUAUAUUUCAAUUUGGAAUGAACAACUUCUUGUAUCAAUUGGAAAAAUUAUUAGAUUUAUUUAUGAUCAAACUAUUCUUGAUAUUGAGAAUAAUAUUCAACAGGAAAUCAAUCAACAACUCAAUCUUAUUCUUACUUCUUAUGCAUUUCAAACAUCAGCACCAAAUAAAGAUAUUAGUGAUUUCCUUCUUGAUGGAUUUUUUUCAUCGAAUGAAGAUAUUCUUGUUCCAGUAAAACAAUCUCCAUCACAUACUUAUCUUUCAUUAAUUUCAUCAACACAAGCUUUUUUAACAAAUUCUAAACAUAUUGAAGCAUUUCUUCCUAUACCUCUUGUUCCUUUUACUAUUGGAAAACAUAAUUUUUUUAAAGUUUUAAAAGAACAUCAAUGGAUUGAAGAAAUUGAUAAUGAAACAAUUUUAUUUGAAAUUCAUCAAUCGAUUUUUUUAUUGAAUGAAUUUAUUGAAUUACUUCAUUGGUUAUGUAAAUAUGAUAUAGAUAAUAAUGAUAAAUCUUAUAUAAAGCGUGUUCUUUCGAAAAUCCAUUAUCGUGAAACUCAUCAAUCAUGUAUUAUUAAAUUAGAAAAUAUUACAUUUUAUCAUACUUUAAAUAUAUGUUCUCUUCCAUUGCCAUCCAAUGUAUUACCAUCGAAUAUAGCUGGUCAUAUAUCUCGUGAAAAUUUACAAACACGAUUAUCAUUAUCAGCAAUAUCACCAAAGAAUUUACUUGAAUAUUAUCUCAAUGAAAAUCAACAACAACUUUUUCAUAAUGAAAAUACAUCUAAAAUUCUUCUUAGUUUUAUUUGUCAAUAUUGGAAUCAAUUUAAUGAUAUUGAAUUAAAUAAAAUAAAAAAUAGUUUAUCUCAUAUGGAAUGUAUUCCAACAAGUCAAGGUAUGAAAUCACCGAAUGAAUCAUAUAUUCGAUCAUUAAAUUUAUCUCCUGAUUUACCUAUAAUUACACUUUAUAUUCCAUCACUUGAGAAAUCUAAUAACCAAGAAGAAAAACAAGAAUCAAUAGAUUAUUCAGUAUCUAUUGAUUUUCUUAGAUCAAUCGGUUGUCGAACAAUUUAUAUAUCAACAUUAACAAAUACUUGUCAUAUUGAAUCAAAUAUUUCAACAAACAAUUCACAAAUACUUGAACAUUUUAUUCAAGAUUUAUCAAAACAACGUAAACAUAUGAGUGACAAUGAUUUUCAUGCAUUAAAACAUAAUCAAUCUAUUACAGGAACAACGUUAAAGUCGAAUAAUGAAAUGAAACAUAAAUAUAAACCAAGUGAUCUUCAUUUUCCAUCAGUAGCAAUUCGUCUUCAAUGGAACGAAUUACCCAUAAUUGAUUGGAUAGAUAUUGAUCCACAUUCACAAGAAUAUUCUUUUCUUAGAGAACUUGGUGUAAGAGAAGUACCAGAUUUAUAUCAAUUAUUGAAUCGAAUUGAUCAAGAACAUCAAUAUGGAUCAAAAAAAAUAUCCAAUUAUCAAUUACCAAAAUCACUUAUAUUUUUUGCAGAAAAUUUUCAAGAACAUUAUUCCAAAGUAUGGAAAAAGUCAGAUAUUGAAAAAUUUUUUCUUCCAUCAUCUACUUAUUAUGUCAAUCAUUCAACAAAAGUUAUAUUAAGAACACCUGAAAUUAUUUUUCAAGAACCAAAUCCAAUAUUUCCAUGUUUGCUUCCUGAUGUACUUCGAUAUUUUUCACAAUAUUUUAAUAUUAGUUUACUUGGUGUUGAAAAACAUCCUUCCUUAUCCAUAGCUUUUAAUAUACUAAUGAAAAAAAGAAAUCAAUUAUUAACGUAUCAAACUGCUGCAAUAUAUUUUGCUUAUUUUAAUACGUUAGAUGGUCUGAAUACAACAUUUAUUCAAAAUAUUUCAAAUAUUUCAUUUAUUCCUCUAUCAGAAAACAAUAUCUAUUGUAAACCAUCACAAGUAUUUAUUCGUUCAAAAAGUUCAACAACCGAUAAAAUAUCUCAAGAUAAUAAUAAUAAUAAUGUAUUCGAUGAUGAAAUAGCACGUGGUCUUAUUGAUUAUAUAGAUUAUGGUGAUGAGGCUAAUUCAUUUCUUCUUAAUAUUGGAGUUCGUCAUUUUCCAUCAGCAGAAAAUCUUGCUGAUUUACUUAUUGAUCGACAAAAAAUAUAUUUUAAGCGAAAUGAAGAUACGAGCGAUCAAGUUCUAUCAGCUAAAGUACGUUUUUAUACAAAUUGUUUAAUGCAAUUAUCGAUUGUAUCAAAUACAACACAACAAUUAUAUGUUGAACCAUUACAUAGUCGUUUAAUUAAUAAACCAUGGUGUUUAGCUUAUCAAAUUCCGGAAGGAUCCAAUGGAAUUAAAUAUCAAGAAUUUAAAAUUACGAAACCAAGUGAUAUUUAUUUAGAUGAUGAUAAUCAAUAUGCUAUUAAACUUCGACCAUUAUGUGCACCUGAAGAAAAGCAAUUAAUUCAAUUAUAUAAAAAAUUUGGUGCAAAAUGGAUAUCCGAUUGUGUUGAACGAACUUUAAUAAAUCUAGGAAAAAAAAUUAUAACGGAUAGAAGUAAAGAAUUACAUAAUCGAAUUCUUCAUCGUUUAGAUAUGUUAUUUGUUAAUAAUAGAGGAGAAUUUCCGGAACAAACUGAUUUAAAACGUUUGGAGUUAUUACGAAAGCAACUCUCUGUUUAUGAAACUGAAGAUAUUCAGUGGCAAUUAAAAUUACAAAAUAAAACAAUCACAUUAAAUCCUAUAGAAUAUAGUUCAUGUGCGCUUGAACAUAAAGAAACUAAAGUAUAUUUAUACAUUCACAAAGAUAUUUCUACUCUUGAUUACAUUGAUAUUGCUACUGAAUUAAUGAGAUUUGUCUGUAAAAAAUCAGUAGAUACAUUAGUUCAUUCAAUCAGUGAUAAACUUACUUCACCAUUAGAAACACUUAAACGACGUGGAAUACCUGUUGAUCGAUUAUUGAAAAGUCCAGAACAACAACCGGUUAAGUUAUUAUUACAAGCUGAGAAAACAAAAUCAAAUAUUGCACAUACAGUUGAAAUAAAUCGUAUUGAUCAUUUUGGACGGUAUAAAUCAGAAGAUGAUGCUGCUAUAAACACAAUGAUUCGAGCAAGUCGAUCAUAUUCUCAACAAGAAUUCAAUCAACAAGAACAUUUUAUAAAUGAAAAUAAUACAUCAUGUGAAUGUGUUCCGGCUGCAAAUAUGAUUCGUUAUGAUAAACUUCUUCAUGAAAUUCCUCUUUAUAUUGAUCAAAAUCUAAAAUUAACAAGUUUUUUGAUUCAACAAGCUACACAUCUUGCUUGGUUAUUAUCUGGUCUUGCAAAACAAGUAUUUAAUCUACCUGUAGAAACAAUGCAUUUAUUUCGUGAUAUUGAUAGUGCUCGUAUUGCUUUCAACAGUAAUGGGGCAUUAUUUUUCAAUCUCCGUUAUUUUGAACAAGUCUUUUUCGGUGAUCUAAAAUCUUAUAUGAAAAAUUCUAAAUUAUCAUCAUCAUCAACUCCUAUUGUUCGUACAAUCAUUAAUUUUUAUUUUAUGAUUACUUGUCAUGAGUUAUCACAUAAUAUUGAUUUAAAUCAUGAUUUAAAUUUUAUUAAGCGUUUUGAAAAGGUUUCUGUUCGAUUUAUGGAUGCAAAAGAUGUAUUUCUAUCCAAGUUCUCUUUUCAAUAAUUAAUUUUUAUCAAACAUAUCUUUGUUUAUUCGAUUUUCUUUUGUUUUUCAAAAUUUUCUUUCAUUAAUAUGAAAUCAACUGAAUAAAAAAAUGUUUCAGAUGUAUUCCAGAUACAAGAAACUUAAUAUUGUCCAAUUUUGACUGUUUCACUUAUAUCUAUAUUUACAGAGUUAUCGAGUAUGUCAAACUUGAAAGUUGCAUUUCAAGUACUCAAUGUGCCUCGUGGAUGUGGGUGUGACUGUAGGUGUAAUUGUGAGUAUGGAUCUCGCUUCAUCUACAUUCACACCUGUAGUAGACAAUAGAUCACUGAAAGAAAUAUUGACCUAAGAGAAUGUGGCUGCGUCGAUGUAAUUACACUUAAUUCCUUUUCUUUAUAUUUUUAGACUAAUCGCUUCCAUGUAAAAGUACGCCUUUAUAUAUGCAGUUAGGAAAAUGAAAUAGGAGAGAGAGAUACGAAGAGUAAGACAAGGAUAACAAGAAAGGUAAUCAUAAAGAAGAACAUCAAUAUUGGUGUUGUCACAACAAGUGAUGAACUAACUAAUCAUAAACAUAGUUACGAAACAAGGAAGGACAAUGCAUGUAGUAACAGUAGAUUAUGACACAUAGUAAAGUGAGCGAUGAAUAUCACAGAGAAGUGAUAUGAUAAUAGUCAUUCUGCAAUUAAAUUUUUUCUUGGUCUAUUCUUGGACUACAUAGGAAGGAGUCUAUUACAUUUCAAUUGAUUCUCACUAGCCAAGAGUUUACACGUCUAACACAUAUUCUUAUUGGUAGUCUGUUAGCAAAAAAAAGACAUUUUUUUCUUCUUACCGAACAAACUAGAACGAUUUUUUCACAUAGAAAAAAAAAUUGAAACUCAUAAUAUCUUUCUCAAAACUACUGAAGUUAUUGCUUCGUCAGAAUUUUCAUGUAUAGGA